AUGGGGCUUGACCCCUGGCUGAUGGCUGGCCCGAGCGCUCCCCAUGGUGCAGAUGGAUCUACUGCUCAUUUCGCAAAGAUAACCGCCAAAGAGUUUGAGGAGCUUCCCUUCAAUGGCCACAACUGCCCUACAUGGGUCAUGGACAUCAAGAUCAGUUUUGCGUCCCGUGGGAUAGCGCAUGCAAUCCAGACCCUCGAGACUCCUCUCCCGGCCAGACACGCCGCUGACAGGACAACAAAAUUAUGUUGCUUUAUUCAUCAUAAGGCACCAUAUUCAUCCAGAUCUCCUAGUACUCUGUUUCUGACCCUCAAAAUGAGUUCACUGUCUCAGAUCUCCGACUGCAUCGCCUCCCGUGGCGGCAACAUCCACAGCGUCGACGUCUUCGUCCCCGACGACGCCCCCGUCUUCUACGCCCGCAGUUCACUGUCCCGGAUCUCUGACUGCAUCGCCUCCCGUGGCGGCAACAUCCACAGCGUCGAUGUCUUCGUCCCCGACGACGCCCCCGUCUUCUACGCCCGCAGUCCAGCAGAGCCCCGCAUCGGUGAGGAGAUGAGCAGCCCCCGCAGCCGCCGCCGCCGCCGCUCGUCCGCGGCGCCGCUGGACGACGAAGACCUCCUGCCCGAGAUCCUCCUCCGCCUCCCCCAGCUGCCGUCCUCCCUCCCCCGCGCAUUCCUCGUCUGCGAGCGCUGGCGCGGCAUCGUAUCCGACGCCCGAUUUCUCCGCCGCUUCCGCGAGCACCACCGCCGCAACCCUCCCCUCCUCGGUUGCUUCGUCCAAGGUAUCUCCCCCGUCGAUUUCGAACCUACGCUGGAGGCCCCCAAUCGCGUCCCGCAAGCCCGCCUAUCAUUUCCCAUCGACGCUGUCCACACCUAUGUGAUCCUCGGAUGCCGCCAUGGCCUCAUGCUCAUCUUCCUUUGGCGGCGGAACCAGCUCCUGGUAUGGGAUCCCGUCACCGGUGACCGGCACCACCUAGACGUCCCCGCAGGGUUUGACAACGAGGAGACCAGGAUCAAAGGAGCGGUGCUUCGUCCUGCCGGAGUGGUCCACCACUUCCAGGUUGUCUUGGUGGGCAACAGCGACAUACAACUUACGCAGGCUGUGGCCUCGGUGUACUCGUCGGAGACCGGUGCAUGGAGCAAUCUCGUGUCGACGCUGCUUCCAGCCGACAAUCCUGAUGUAGUCACCAGGGUUUACCAUGACAUGUGCUCUGUGAUGAUUGGGAAUUCCCUGUACUGGUUCCUUAUAGGGAAUUUCUGUGGAAUACUUGAAUUUAAUUUGAAUAUGCAGAGCCUUAGUGUGAUACAUGCGCCAGUGGACGUCGAUGUCAACACCUGCUCCGUCACGGUUAUGCGGGCAGAGGGUGGUGCCCUUGGUUUCCUCUUCCUGUUGGACUACUGCGUCCAAGUAUGGAAGAGGAAGACCGACUGUGAUGGUGUGGCUUCAUGGGUGCUGGGAAGAACUGUUGCACUAGACAAGCUACUUUCCAUGAAUCCAGAGGAGGGCAGUCAGAGCCCAAGGAUACUCGGGUUUGCUGAGGACAACAAUGUGGUGUUACUGUGGACAUUUAUCGGCGUCUUCAAAGUCCAUUUUGAAUCAUUGCAGUCUAAGAAACUUCUCGAAUCCUACCGCUUUUACCGCUGGUUUCACUAUUAUCCAUUUGAAGCUGUCUAUACUGCAGACGUGGGCAUAAUGUGAUUUGUUGGGAUAGGCAUGCUAUCUUGAUGUAUUGACUCAGCAGGUACCAAGAGUUACAUUUCUGUUGUCUGGGAUGCAGAAAUAGACUUUGAUGUCGGUUCUUCCAUUCUGUAUGCUGCGCAUGGGGCCUUUGAUGUGAACUUGUAGGAAUUAACCUUGUAUAUAUCAGGCCCUGGUAAAUGUGAUGCGAACUUGUAGCAAUUAACAUGCCCUAGCUAACAGUAACUUGGGGUUAAUCUUCUCAGCUGUUAACUGCCGUCUGUCGUUUGAUCUCCAUAGGCAAGAUUAGAACUGGCAGGAAGAGAAAUGAACUUGCUUGAGCGUUGGCCCUGUCGCUGAAUCUUGCAGUUCAUUUGCUUGCAUUCCAUAUAAGUACUAUUUUGUGUGUGCACUUUCUUUUC